AGUUAAUUUGAUCUCAUUGUGCGAAAAAGUGCGGAAUGUGAAGAUGGGUGACAAAAUUCUUCAGUUAAUUGGCAUUUUAUGCCUUGUGUCUGCUAUGGCAGCAAAGCAGAUUAAUUCUGGGAAUAAACAAUCCCAACAGACAAGAGAUUGGUAUGAAAAGGCAAUUUUCUACCAAAUCUACCCGAGGUCCUAUAUGGAUAGCAAUGGGGAUGGUGUGGGAGAUCUUCAGGGGAUUACCAGUAAACUUGAGCAUUUAGCAGAUUUGGGCAUUACCGGAACAUGGCUUAGUCCAAUCUUCACAUCACCCAUGAAGGAUUUUGGCUACGAUAUUGCCAAUUUCACUGAAGUUGAUCCUGUUUUUGGCACAAUGGCUGAUCUUCAGAAUUUAUUUACAAGGGCAAAAUCUCUUGGUAUUAAGAUCAUCUUGGAUUUUGUUCCCAAUCAUUCGAGCAACUUGUGCAAGUGGUUUGAAUGGUCUGAAAAUCGUGAAAAUGGCUACGACGAUUGGUACGUCUGGAGGGAUCCAAAAGGCUACGACAAUGCUGGUGUGCCAAUUCCUCCGACAAAUUGGGUCAGUGUCUUCUACGGCCCAGCAUGGACAUACAGUGAGAAGAGACAGCAGUUCUACCUGCAUCAAUUUGACUACCAACAACCUGAUUUGAACUUCCGCAAUCCAGUUGUAGUGGAAGCAAUGAAGGAUGUCUUGAGAUUUUGGUUGGAAAUGGGUGCCGAUGGAUUCCGCGUUGAUGCCAUUAAUCAUCUAUUUGAAGUUGAAGAACUCAUUGAUGAACCAAUAAAUUGGUGGGGUGUAACAGAUCCCAAUGACUACGGCUAUCUCGAUCACAUCUACACCAAAGAUCUCAAUGAAACAUACGACAUGAUUUAUCAAUGGAGAGAAUUGCUAGAUCAAUGGCAGGCUACUCAUGGUGGUGAUACGCGAAUCAUGAUGACUGAAGCUUGGGUUAAUCCAGAACAGACAAUGCUCUACUAUCAGAAUGGAACACGUCAAGGCUCCCACAUGCCGUUCAACUUCAUUAUGAUCACUGAUCUGCAUGAUGACUCUCAACCAUCAGACUUUAAGCGUGUUAUCGAUGAUAGGCUGCACAUAAUUCCCGAAGGAAAGGUAUCAAACUGGGUACUGGGAAAUCAUGACAAGAAUCGCGUUGGCACGCGCUAUGGAGCUGCUAUGGUUGAAGGUCUGCUAGCUCUGGAGAUGGGUCUUCCAGGUAUUGCAGUCACCUACUACGGCGAAGAGAUUGGUAUGGUGGAUAAUAAGGAAAUCACAUGGGAGCAGACAAAGGAUCCACAGGCGUGCAAUCCGCAAGAUCCAAGUCGGUAUCAGGAGUUAUCUCGUGAUCCCGCCAGAACGCCAAUGCAGUGGGAUCGUACUGUUAAUGCAGGCUUCUCAUCCGGUACACCAUGGUUGCCGGUACAUUCAAACUACGGUACACUCAAUCUUGAGAAUCAGAAGGCAGCCGAAAGGAGUACUUAUAAAUUUUACAAGCAACUGGCGGAACUACGCAAAACCGAAACCCUUAUCUACGGUGCCUACUUGUCGAAAGUCUUGGCAGAUGAUAACAUCUUCGCCUAUAGGCGUACAAAGCUCAACGUCGACGGAAAGAGCUACAUUUUUGUCAUUAAUUUCUCCAACAAUCAGUACACGGUGGACCUAACGCAGAGCUUUGGGGACGUAGAAGAGACUGAAGUUAUCAUUUCAUCCUCAACCACAUCCCUCCGUCCAGAUCCAGAGGUCCUAAUAGAUCCUACAGCACUCACAGUUGGUCCCCACAACGUUAUAAUUCUUCAAUCUGCUGGUUGUGGAAGAUUAUUCGUAUCUGCCACGUUAAUCUUCGCUGUCAUCGUUAGAUUUCUAUUUAUUCAAUAAAUUUUCAACAUGAUUUAUGAAGUACCUAACCAUCACUUAAUUUAUUUAGAGAACGCUUCAAAAUAACAUUUACUUGCGAUA